AUUUUCAUUCGUGUUCGCGAUAGGUGGCCGACAUUUUGUUGUGACGUUGUGACGCAAGCUAAAACGAGAACUAGAAAAUGCCAUUGAAUGCCGUCGGAUGGACCACAGAAGAGGACGAGAGACUUGUUGAAUUAGUGGAACCGCAGACUUGUUUAUAUAAUUAUUUUGAUCCAUCGAGGAAGAAUAUUUUGGCUCGUGAAUGUACAUGGCAAGAAAUAGCAACAGCUUUAUCGAAGCCAGUCGAGGAAUGCAAGAAACGCUGGCGUGGUCUGCGCGAUGGCUUCAUGAGAAGCAAGCGACUGGGCACUCUGCAUAAAACUAAAGCCAACAUAUUUGAGAAGCUCCAAUUCUUAUUUGAAGGCACAGAGCUUGGAGAGGUGUCCGUUAAAAUGGAUGAUGAAGUAAAAGAUGACAUGCUUAUAGAAACAAUUGUAGGCCCAGAGCAAGUUAUUACUGAUAACCAAGAAUACUAUGAAGUUAGUGAAGUUACAGUUGUGGAAGAUACACAAGAACCUCAAUUAAAACAAAAUGCUUACAUUAAAAUAUUGCCAAAGACGGAACAAAACUCUAUGGAACCACCUAAGAAGGUAAAAAGAGGUGCAGGUAGGAAGAAAAAUUUACCAGUUCCUAGAAAUGUGCCUCCGGUUAAAAUACUACCAAAACCAUUGGUAGUUAAUGGACCAAAAACUUAUGUUAGAUAUGUAGAAGACCAAAAGACACCUGAACAGAGGUCGCAAGUCAUUGAUAAGUUAAUAGAAAAAGUUCUUAAAGAAAAUACAAAUGAAAUAGAUGUAUUCUUCAGAAGUAUGGCGGCUAGUGUUAAAAAAUUACAACCGAAUUUGAUUCCUAAAGUGAAAAUGGAAGUUUGUAAUGUAAUAGCAAAAUAUGAAAUGCAAAGUUUUGAUAAAAACUUACAAAAAUAAAUAACUGUGGGAAAGUGACAAGAAAUUAGUGAAUAUUUACUUGUGAUGUGUCAAAGUACUGAUUACUUUAAAAAGGAUUUUAGUAUGACAAUGGUUUAGUCUUGUGGUAUGUAUUAUAUUAAAACUUCAUUCAAGUUUAAUUAAACAAUUACAAUUAUAUGUAAUAGUUGUAAUAAAAGUUUUAUUGCCUUAUAGUGUUUUGGAACACAAUUUAGUCCACACUUAGGUGAAAACAUGUUCGAAUUAACGGCAAUAAUGUAUGGUGAAUGUGAGAUAUUAGGAUUAAAUGUUAAAUGUUGGUUCAGUAAAUGACAGAUAACUCUGUAUACAGUAGCAAACAUUAUUAUUUCAUGUACAGCCAUAGACAUAAUUUUUUUUUCUUACCAAACUUUGGUUAUAUAAGAACUGGUUCUAUUGUUGUACCGGAGAUAUUGUUAAGGAUGACUAAAUUUUUAUUACUGUUACAUGUACACAAUUUUGUAUAUAAAUUUAUCAUUUUUAA